AUUUUCGACCGUGUCAACCCUGCGCGAGUUUGAAAGCCUAAACCAAGUGGAACGGAUUCUUUGAGAGCUUUACAGUGGACAGGUUCUGCCGGUUCUGCAUGGCGACAAGGAGCGCUAUCCAAGAAAAGGAGAUGGCGGCCCACCAGAAGAUGACCUUGAGGGUCAUUCUCACGGAGGCAGACAUAAGAAAAGUCAUCCUGAAUACAAGGCCUACCACAGUCAAGGAUUUGAUAGACAAGCUUAAAGAAUCACUUGGACUUGAUUACAACUGCAGUCUCCAAUACCAAGACCCUGACUUUAAUUACGAACUAUGCAAUCUGACAGAUAUUGCGGAUCUUCCAGAAAAACCAACAUUGAAAGUCAUCCCUAUCCUGGAGCUGCUAUCAGUCUCAAUGUCUGAUGACAUUUUGAAUGACACACACAGUACGGCAGAUACGGAGAUCCUCUCCAGAUCAUCACAGGAGCGACAGAAACAUUGGCCAGAACAAUUUGAAAUCCCAAAUUUUUCUGUCGAUGUGGCAUACAGACUCAGGCAAGCAGAUCUGCUGUUUUUUCGUGACGGCACACCCCUGAAAGUAUCUAAAGAACUGAAGCAUGAGAUCCUGGAACGACUGGCAGAGAGCAUUUACACAUAUACAGCAUAUCCAGAUAAUGCUCAGUUUGAGAACGUUGCUGCAGCACUGAUAAACAAGCACCCAUGUCUCCAGGAACGAGGCUCAACCAGUCGCUGUGGUGGUUGGAAAAACAGUCUAAAAUUCAAAAUGGGAAAUUACAGAACAAAGUGCAGAAGAUCCGGAUGCCUUGAUGUUGCUGUGAAUGCAGGUAAACGGGGAGCGCAUUCGGCAGAAGGAGAACCAGCUAAGAAAAAUAUUAAGAAAGCAAAAAAAGGAGAACUCAACUACUUGCCCAACUUUCCAGAGGGAUUUGAUCAGUCAUCCCUUGAGGGUGCCCGCAAAGACUUAGUUGAUGAAAUGCAGAAGAGAGAACCAAAUGGAAAACCUGUGAAACAGAUGAUGGACUUGACAUUUGCUUUGAGAAGAAAAGAGGUGGUGGACUCUGAACCUGCCAUAAGCACGAUGAUGGAACGCUGGCCUGCUCUAUUCAUAGAAGACCAGAUCUACAUGGAGUUCAGAAGGAUUGUGGGAAAGGACCUCAAAAAAGAAUUCUUUGAUGGCAUCGAUCGGCACAGUCCUCGUCUUGUUGAAAUAUUUCGAUGUAAGAGAGGAAUCAUUGGGCAGCAGUUGACUCAGCUAUCACAAGAGACCAAGACUACAGAGCCAACAGAUAUUCGUACAAUGAUGCUCAGAGGCCUUCCCAUCCUUCUUCAGGACAACCCCAACGACUUUUUCAAAGCUUGCUUUGACUCUGAUGAUGAUGAUUCCUACCAACACAUCGACAUUGGGAUCCUUCUUGUUGAGCAGGAAGGUGCAAUGCUGUCAUCUUCCAUGCAUCUCUAUCCAGCAUCUUUGAAGAUAGUCAUUGAGGGAAAAGUGGUGAUGGGGAACAUUGAAGACCUGCCGAGGGCUGUUUGUCUUCUAUUUGGACUUGCAUACGCACUUCACCUCAACUACCCCAAGUCGAUGAAGCACACAUUCCAGUUCAUUCAACAGGUACUUCUAUCGUUGGGCCAGAGUGCGUUAAAACCAAGGUUGCAAACACUGAAAAACCAACUUCAAAUGUAAUGAUCCUAAGUGAAGGUCACUGUGUCAAUGUGGUUUAGGUCAGUUCAUAUUCAAUGGAUGGUCUCAAAAAAGGCCAUGCACCCACAAAAACUCCAAAUCCACAAGUUGCUUUGCCCUUUCUACAUGACUGUAUCUGUAAAAAAAAUUCUGUGUGUAUAUUUCUGACUGUAGUU